CACUACAUCGACUAUCAUUUAUACGGCUCAAUAGGCAGGUAUUCACUUUCAAUUUCACUCUCUUUUUCAACCACUCAUUGAGGCAACCCAUUCUUAAUCCAACCUCUUGAAAUUCCAAUACUCUUCGAACACUCUUCUCAAUAAUUCCAGAAUCAAGAACCCGACAAUCUUUGUAAGACAAUCACUAAUUCUUUUGCGCUUUCUCUUAACCACUUUUGACCUUCCAUUAUCGACAUCGGCUUUGCGACUCUCACCUCUGUGUUAUUUCAAAACAGCCUUUCCAACAGUUGUAUUCAUUAACAUCUUCACCAUGUCGAUCCAACAACUUAACACCUUUCUUAGAAAUCAAGAUGAAUACAGUCGUCGUUUCUGGGCAGCUCCACUACCAAUGUUCUUUCAAUACGAUUAUGCCGAAUCGCAACAAGUAUUCAAGAAUAAAUAUCCAUCCAGCGAACUGAGAUCUCUCGGUGGCCUAUCAAGUUGGGAAUGGUUCAUUGAUGGAAAUAGUAUGUUCAAUCUGAAUAUCUUUCUUCUCAAUUACCUCUUCUGACUUGAGACUGCAGGUUUACCUAACAUCCGACUGAGAUUCUAUAACCAGAGAUUACACGAUCCGGUCGCUCCUGUAUUGCCUCCUGCUACAACCAUUGAUCAAUGCAAAAUGCGUCCGCCUCCAGGUCUAUUGGGCUUUGUUUAUGCCAUGUCAAAUACAGAUUUGGCAGCACUAGAACAAGAGCAAAGUUUGAAAGGCAGACAGCAAUUAUACCUCCCUAUUGAACUUCAAACCAAGUCAGCUAACGGAACACUUACCACAAAGGUUAUUUUGGCAAGUGUUUUUAUGGAUAUGGCUAAUACUCGAGAUGGUUUUGUUGAUUUGACAAAUGAAUUUACGAACUUAUAUUGGGUUACAGCUAUCAAACGGAUGUUACAAACUGGAAUGCUGAUGUGGUAUGUCAAGACAAUCGAGAUGAAACUUAGAGGAAUCGAAAUGAGCUUCGAACCAUUCUUUAUCAAUCACAAAGAUAAUCCCGUUGAUGAUCCACGAGCCACUCGAAAGCAAACAUCGAUUUCCUCUUUCGCGAGUCUUAAACAACGGCAGCAGGAAGAACAACAAAAAGAAGACCAGGAAAAGCGGAGACAAACCCCCAAACAACCCAUAAUCACAUUCUCCCAAAAACAAAAAGAUGCUAUGCUUCAGCAGAUCUUCCGCCAUGGAAAUAUCCCCAUGGAACAAGCUUCGAAGCUUACAGAAAAACAGAAGAAUUUCGUCGUAGGUAGAUAUCUACGUAAACGACAAUUAGUUAUCCAUGAAAGACAAAAGACAGAGCAGGAACAACAAAAGCGACCUCCUAAUCCGAAUGUUGCAAUCCCCGCACAACAACAACAAAACGAACCGCACAUUCAAAUCCCAGACCAACAACAAAAUCCCCACACAGAAGCUAUCCUAAAUGAUGUAUUCCGCAAGCAAAAAAAGGCACUGCGAGAGGAAGAGUCUAGAUAUAGUUCUAGCAUGCCACCACCUACACAACCUACACAACCUGCACGACCUGCACGACGAUCCUCACAAAGUGGCCAACUCCAAGGAGAAGCACAAAAACGCAAUGAAAAUACCAAAUCAUCACCUACCCAACUAAAUUACCCUCAAAAACCCAAUAAUCUCAAAAAACGAGCAGCUUCGAAUUCUAUGUCUAGUGCGAACGGUAAUGGAGCCCAGGGUGCUAAGAGACGGAAUAUGGGGGGAGGUGGUAAAGGUGAAGGUAGGGGGUCUACUUCUGCUUCUACUUCUGCUUCUACUUCUACUACGAAUGCGAAUGCGAGUGAAAGUGCUGCUGCACCAGAACCUAAGCGUAAAUACGCAGGAAGAGGAAGACCGAGGAAAACCCCAAUUGUGCAGCCUCUUCCUGCAGUUGAAACAUCAACUGGAACUGGAACUGGAACUAGAACUGGAAAUUCGCGGCAUGUAAAGCAGGCUGUGGGUACUGGUGGGAAGGUACGCGCGAAUGUAUUGGUGUCGUCUGGGGAUGGUUUGCAGGAUGGAUGUGUAGGUGCGAAUGGGAAUUUGAAGGGAAAUAAUAAUAUGUUAAACAAAACGCAACUUCUUCCGCAUGUGCAACAAGCGGCGCGGAUGGUGCAUUAUUUUCAGCCAAAGGUGGGGGUUGAUUCGGCGGGGGAUGGGAGGUUGCAGUAGGUAGUAGGUUAGGUUUGAGGUGAUUUGAGUUGGGGGAGCAGAAGUGUGGGUGGAUUGUUUUUGGGCAAUAUGGGAAGAAGAUUUAUAUUGUUCGAUCGACGUGGUAUUCACACGAGGUUACUAGGUUACUAGGUAUCGAU